UUGCUUCCGCUGCGGCAUUGUGUAUUUCAGUCGAUAUUUCUCAGGUUAUAAUAAGUGUAAUUUAAUAUUUACAUUAUCCAGGAUUUUUUUAAAUCGUUAUCCAUCUUCAAUAAUGAAAUUUGUUAUCAAAAUAUGGAUUCUAAUAUUUUUUUCAAAAUCUACAAGGUCUAGCAUAGGUUUGAGAUGCGAUAUGAUACCCGAAGGUGUUACUUCACCAAAAUUAAAAGAUACCGACAGAUACCGAAUAGAAAUAUCGGGAAAUCCCGAAUACUAUAUCCCGAAAGAACAAUAUACAGUGAUUCUGAAAGGAGCUAACAAGUAUAAUGGUUCUCAAAUCAAAUUUACACAUUUUAUUAUAUCUCUAACCAACGAAAAAUUCGAAAAAGACAUUGAAUCGGAAUCGACAGUUAUUGGAACGAUACAACUUUACGGGGAUACCCUGACAAAGUUCAGUGACAGUUGUCAGAACGCGGUGAUACAAGCGGAUCCGCAACCCAAAACGGAAAUCCAAAUACUUUGGAUGGCUCCUUCGAGGAUAAACGGUUGUAUUAAAUUUCGAGCUACAGUUGUGGAAUCUGUCGACAAUUGGUAUAGCGAAGACGGGGAAUUGACGAAAAUUUUAUGCGCGGAAUCGCCGGACGACGACGACGUCCAACCUAAACUUAUGAAACAUUGUUGCGCCUGCGACGAGGCUAAAUACGAGGUGAUAUUCGAAGGUUUGUGGUCGAGAAAUACGCAUCCGAAAGAUUUUCCUUCGGAAGGAUGAUUAACGAGAUUCAGCGAUAUAAUCGGCGCUUCCCAUACGGUGAAUUACACGUUUUGGAAUUAUGGCGGAUUCGCCAGCGAAGGACUACGACAAUUGGCCGAACAUGGUAACACCAGGAUGCUGGAAAGCGAAUUAAAAUCCAAGAGCGACCAUAUUAGAACAAUAAUAAAAGCGAGGGGCGUAAGUUACCCUAAUAUAACGGGACGAACCUUCGCGGUAUUUAGGGUGGAUAACCGUCACCACCUCAUGUCGAUCGUUUCAAUGAUCGAUCCGUCUCCUGAUUGGAUCGUCGGUGUUUCCGGUUUGGAGUUAUGUCUUCGGAACUGCACUUGGAUCGAAUCCAAGAGGCUGAAUUUGUACCCGUGGGAUAUUGGAACCGACGACGGAAUCACCUAUUUGUCUCCAGAUUUACCGUCAUCGCCUCGACAACCGAUACGAAGGUUAAAAAGUAAUUUCCCUAAUGAUCCGAGAUCGCCGUUUUUCGAUACGAGCGGGCAUCGUUUAAAACCUUUGGCACGUUUGACUAUAUCCAGACAGAGACUGUAUGAAAAAAUUUGCGAUUCGGCAACUAUGGAAGAUGUAGAUGAUAAUUCUAAUAAUUGUGAAACGGAACCGUGGUCUGAAUGGUCUCCUUGUUCUGUUACGUGCGGUAGAGGUGUUAAAUACAAACAAAGACGAUACGUAAAGGAAGAAAGCAAAUAUAAUUGUCACAGGAAACUGACGGAACGAGCCAGUUGUGAGGCGGUGCAAAAAUAUUGCAGAAUCGCUCCUGUAAGGGAACGGAUCGACCCUAUGUGCGAAUUAGGACCGUGGUUGGAAUGGUCGGGGUGUAGUGUCACGUGCGGUAAAGGUGUUAAAACGAGAGAAAGGAAAUUUAAAAACAGGUUAGCCGCGAAAACUUGUUUGGUCGGUAAACACAAACCGAUGAUUCUGCAACAAAAUUCGGAAUGUCAAGGGAGAGGUGUAUGCGAUGAAAAGACGACCCAUGAUCAAGAAACUUGUGUUUAUACGUUUUGGACUGACUGGUCUCCAUGUUCUUCCACGUGCGGAAAAGGUUUCAAAGAAAGAUACCGUUUUCCGAUAAUUAAUGACAAUAGAACAAAACAAUAUUUUCCUAUAUCGGAAUAUUUUACGAGUUCUGAUCGAAAUCACCAAUCGAAUGAUCCCUGUUUGAACGUUGCCAGGGAAACAGUCGAGUGCGUGGAAAAACCAUGUGGGAAUGUCACUAAAGAAUAUAACGAAACGGCUUGUGGUCUUCCUAAAGAUACUGGAAGAUGUAAAAGUAAUGAAGAUAGAUGGUAUUUCGAUACGGCUAAAAAACAAUGCAGUUUGUUCAAUUACAGCGGAUGCGGGGGAAAUAUGAACAAUUUUAAUACUUUGGAAAAAUGUCAAACGUUAUGUGCCAAAUACCAAAAUGAUUUAAGGUCUACUUCGAAUAUAAAAAAGAAAGAGACGAAGGUAUCUUUUUCUGGUAGUUCAAAGUUCAGUUACUAUAAAUCGGGAAUGCAACGAAAAAGAGAAUCAAAUUAGAAAAAUUAAGUGUAAUAAUUCGAGAAUAGUUUAGAUUUUGUGAUUUAUUUACUAUAUUUCUUCAAUAUAUUAUAUUAAAUGGAUUAGUUAUCAAAAUUUUAUUUCUAUU